AGAGAGUGCAAAUACAAAGAGAGACUUUUUCCUCUUUACUUCUUGGGAAGAGGCUCCAAUGGCAAGCACGGUUUUAUCAGAAUGUGGUAUUAGACCUCUCCCCAGAUUCUACCCUAAACCCACAACCUCUUUUGCCUCUAACCCUAAACCUACUUUCAAAUUCAAUCCACCAGUUCAACCUCCUUCUACUCUCAAUUCCCUAUAUGGGUUCUACUCUAAAACCAGGAACUGGGCGUUGAAUGUGGCAACGCCUUUAACAACUCUUCAGUCUCCAACCGAGGAAGACACGGACAGAUUCGACCCAGGUGCACCUCCUCCCUUCAAUUUGGCAGAUAUAAGAGCAGCCAUACCUAAGCAUUGUUGGGUUAAGAAUCCAUGGAUGUCAAUGAGUUAUGUUGUCAGAGAUGUUGCUAUCGUCUUUGGAUUGGCUGCUGUAGCUGCUUACUUCAACAAUUGGCUUCUCUGGCCUCUCUACUGGUUUGCUCAAGGAACCAUGUUCUGGGCUCUCUUUGUCCUUGGCCAUGACUGCGGACACGGUAGCUUCUCGAAUGAUCCGAGGCUGAACAGUGUGGCUGGUCAUCUUCUUCAUUCCUCAAUUCUGGUCCCUUACCAUGGCUGGAGAAUUAGCCACAGAACUCACCACCAGAACCAUGGGCAUGUCGAGAAUGACGAAUCAUGGCAUCCUUUGCCUGAAAGCAUUUACAAGAAAUUGGAAAAAACGACUCAAAUGUUUAGGUUUACACUGCCUUUCCCAAUGCUCGCAUACCCUUUCUACUUGUGGAACAGAAGUCCAGGGAAACAAGGUUCUCAUUAUCAUCCGGACAGUGACUUGUUUCUUCCAAAAGAGAAGAAAGAUGUUCUGACAUCAACUGCCUGUUGGACUGCAAUGGCUGCUUUGCUUGUUUGUCUCAACUUUGUCAUGGGUCCAAUCCAAAUGCUCAAACUAUAUGGCAUCCCUUAUUGGAUAUUUGUAAUGUGGUUGGACUUCGUCACUUACUUGCAUCACCAUGGACAUGAAGACAAGCUCCCUUGGUACCGUGGAAAGGAAUGGAGUUACCUGAGAGGAGGACUCACAACAUUGGAUCGUGACUACGGAUGGAUCAAUAACAUCCACCACGAUAUUGGAACUCAUGUGAUACAUCAUCUUUUCCCGCAGAUCCCACAUUAUCAUCUAGUAGAAGCAACUGAAGCAGCUAAACCAGUACUAGGGAAGUACUACAGAGAACCGAAAAACUCUGGACCUCUGCCACUUCACUUACUGGGAAUCCUUAUAAAAAGUAUGAAACAAGACCAUUUCGUAAGCGAUACAGGAGACGUAGUGUAUUAUGAGGCAGAUCCAAAAUUCAACGGACAAAGAACUUGACAACAGACUGCAAUGAACCAGGCAGGAAGUUAAAAAUUCAUCUUGGCCCAUUCUUUAUGUUCUUAUUGUUUUGGUUUAAAGCCUUUUCGAGAUUGAAAAGCAUUUAUUUGUAGAAACCUGUGGUAAAACUCUCGAUCAAAUGAAAUGAUAUAUGAUCA